UCAUUCUCUCUGCAACUCUCCUCUCUCUCUCUCUCUCUCUCUCUCUCUCCAUUUCUCGCGUCUUUCUCUCUCGAGCUCUCUGUCUCUGUCUGCGAAGGAAGAUGAGCAAGGGGCCGGGGCUGUUCUCGGAAAUCGGCAAGAAGGCGAAAGAUAUCUUGACCGCGAGCUACACCACCGAUCACAAGGUCUCCAUCAACACCUGCACCGAGAAUGGAGUGAUCCUCACAUCGACAGCAGUGAAGAAAGGAAGCCUUUCAACUUCUGAUCUGGCUGCAAAAUACAAAUAUAAGAAUAUCCUUAUUGAUGUCAAAGUUGAUACUGAGUCAAAUAUUUUCUCUACCUUCACUUUCGCUGAGAUCCUCCCAUCAACCAAAGCCAUCACCUCAUUUAAAGUGCCAUACUAUGACUCUGGCAAGCUAGAGGUUCAGUACUUCCAUGAACAUGCAACCCUUACUACAGCUGUCACAUUGAAACAAUCUCCUGUUUUUGACCUUACCGCCACCGUUGGUACUCCAAGCAUUGCAUUUGGUGCAGAGGCAGGAUAUGAUGUGACAUCGGGCAACUUUACAAAGUACACUGCUGGGAUGAGCGUGUCAAAGCCAGACUCUUAUGCUUCUGUGAUCUUUGGUGACAAAGGGGACUCUAUCCGAGCAUCAUAUGUACACCAUCUGGAUCAGUCUAAGAAGACUAGUGCUGUUGGAGAGAUUUGUAGAAAGUUCUCCACGAAUGAGAAUAUUUUUACAGUUGGAGGUUCAUAUGCCAUUGAUCACCUCACCAUAGUGAAAGGAAAGCUGAAUAAUCAUGGGAAGCUCGGGGGGGUCCUGCAGCAUGAGGUUAUACCAAAGUCAAUGUUUACAAUUUCUGGUGAGAUUGACACCAAGGCUCUGGAGAAGGCUCCCAAGUUUGGUUUGUCCAUUGCUCUUGUUCCAUGAUGUUUCUCGGCCAUCUGUUGAUGGGAUUUUUUAAGCCCUUUCUCCGAUUAUUUUUGCCAGUGCUUGGAAAUGAGCACUUAAUAAAUAGUACGCCAAAUUUAUUGCCUUUACUUGGCCGAAUUGCUUUUGCUCUUUGUGCUUUAUGAUGAAAUUUUUGUACUUGGAGACAUUCUCUAAGUAUCUGAGUUGUUUUGGUGAGAAUCAGGCUGAUUGAUAA